CUGUACUUCCACACACAGUAACAGCUCUGACAGACUCUUGUGUGUUGAUACCCUGCACAUUCAAUAUCAAUACAUUUAAAGAAAAACUAAAGAACACAACACAGAUUUAUGGGAUUUGGUUGAAAAAGACACACGACCUUAAGAAUGACAAGAGUUCAGUAGUGUUUAACAGCAGUCAAAACAUCAUUCAAGGAUUCAGACACAUAGAGAUGAUUGGAAACCUCACUGAGAGAAACUGCAGCACUGUCUUCUAUAACAUUACAAUGAAUCAUUCAGACCCGUAUUACUUCAGAAUAGAAAUGAAGCCAAAUGUGUUUGAAGCAACAUUUAACACCAAUCUAUCUCAUGCAAGUGAUUCAAGCAAGACUGUGAGGAUCAAUGUCACAGAUUCACUACAGCCUCCUGAGCUUUUAUUCAGUCCAGAUGUGUCUAAAUAUGUGAUGGAGGGCACUGCAGUGAAUCUGAACUGCUCUGCUGAAGCUCCCUGCCCCAAACAACCUCCUACAUUAUCCUGGACUAACAUCCCCAAAUCUGCCAACAUUAUAACACAGUUACAGGAGAAACCUGAUAAAACUCAUUCAGUGUUUUCCUCAAUGACCUUCAAUGCUUCAUACAUGGAUCACAGGAUGAACAUCUCAUGCACUGUGACAUAUCCAAGAAACAUCUCCAAUAACACAACUGUGAACAGCACAGUAAUGCUGCGAGUUUCAUUUUCUCCAAAAGAGACUCAUGUCAUUAUUAAACCAUCUGCUUCAGUCACUGUGGGUACUAAUGUAACUUUCACCUGCAAAAGCAAAGCAAGUGCAUCAAAUAACAUGACGUACACCUGGUACAAACGUGGACAAAAGACACCUUUAGCACAGGAAAAGAUGAUGAGCUUCAUUGUAACUCAUAAUAAUGCAGGAUGGUAUUUCUGCACAGCACUGAAUAAAUUUGGCAACCAAUCAUCAGAAGAGAUUCAACUGUUAAUCACAGGAUCCUUUAAAGCUGUGAUUUAUGGCUGUAUAGGAGGACUUUUGGCUUUGCUUGUGAUUUCUGCAGUAUUUUAUUGUAUGAGGACAAAGACAUUGAGUCAGACCAACACCAGAAGAAAAGAUCAGACCGCAGAUAAAAAUGAAGACAUGCUGGGUAUCUAUUGUAACACUGCUUUUUUGAUGAAGAGUGAAAUGUCUGAGAAAACUGAUAAUGCUGUCUAUGAAGAGAUUGACUUCUCCACACCACACAUCUUUACCACUAGUAGAGUUCAGAAAUAACAAAAUAACAGGUGAUUGGUUAUAGAUGUAUUUUACACUGAUACAAAAUGUCUCUUUGAGUCCUUUUUAAAGAUUUUAAAUGUUUACUGAUGAUUACCAAGACACAGUAACAAUUUGACAAUUUGACAAUUUUAGUGAGCAAUGACCAACAUCAACACGGAUUCAGAUCAAACAAACUGCAAAUAUUAAAUCCUCCACAUUAAAAAUACACUGUACUUUGUAUAAAAGGUCAGAUGUGUUAUUACAUUUUGCAACACAUUUUUCUAAGGCCAUAUGUAGGCCUACUUUGAAUGCACUGCAUUUCUCUUCUUUUAUCAAUGUGUGAAACCACCAUGCUGGGUCUUCUGAAAAGACUUCAUCAAAUAUCCUUACUAUGACCAUUAAUGGUUUUAAUCUGAUUUACUCAAAUAUAUUAUUCAAUAAGUCAAAAUCAACCUGAAUACUUUAGGUUACACCAGGGAAACUAUUCAGUCAGAUCAAUACAAAACAUUUCAAUACUAUAUGCUUAUUGUUUGAUCUUGGAUAAAUGCUUUGUAUAUAAGUGUCUGAUUAUUGAUAAAAAGUAAAAAAAAAAAUACUGUUGCAUUUUAACAACUACCCAUUUUACUUCUUAAUAAAUUUAAGUUUAUUGGGUGAAUGAGAAUCAUCUAAUUAUGUCUCCUAGUUUUAUGAACUGUAUGUGAAAAUUAAACGCUUCUGAUCUAACUACACUGAACAAUCAUCUUAUUACAGACUUUAUUGUGUAGUUUAACUCAGGUAUCGAAUAAGAAGUAAGAAAGAAAGAUGAAUUGGCUGUUUUACAAAAUCACAACAUAAAGUGGUACAGAAAAGAUUUAAGGGGACAUUUCACAAGACUUUUUAAAGAUGAAAAAUACAUCUUUGGUGUUCCCAAGAGUACAUCUGUGAAGUUUUAGGUCAAAAUACUAUAUAGAUAAUUUAUUAUAGCAUGUUAAAAUUGCCACAUUGUAAGUGUGAGCAAAAUGUGCCAUUUUGGGUGUGUCCUUUAAAAUGCAAAUGAGCUGAUAUCUAAACUAAAUGGCAGUGUCGUGGUUGGCUUGAGCAGAUUAAGGGGUGUUAUUAUCCCCUUCUGACAUCACAGGGGGAGCCAAAUUUUAAUGACCUAAUUUUUCACAUGCUUGUGUGGCAUGUAGAGAUAAGAGGGGUUAAAAGAUAAAAUCAUUAUGGUAUUAAUCUAUUGAUUGGUUAUAGGCCAAUUAAUGACCUGUUAAUGUGAUCUGUUUUCCCCUGUAUUGUAGAGUAAUAGUUACAUGCAGACGCAGUGACGUCACCGCUGUCUUGUUUCUUGGAGUGCUCAUUGCAUUUGUAUGGUACAGUUUUGUUUUUAUUUAAAUUGUUUAUUUUUGUUAAAUGUGUUUAUUAUUUGGGUUACUUUUUGUACUAGUGCCAGUGUUACUGGCGUGAUUGUUUGCUUUCUUUCAUUUCAUUUAUAUCAGUAAUAAUUGGUUUCGUUUUCUUUAUCAUUCUUUAAGUAAUUAGACUCAACUAAGGGUCAGUUUUGUUAUGUGUAUAAGUGUUUGGCAGACAUCAAGCAUAAGCUGUAUUGCCGGCCUAAAUUUUGUGUUAACCAUUUUGUUUGAGUGUGUGCUCGUGUACGUGUGAUUGUGUGGGUGUGUUUAUUCUGUUUUAUAGGAGCUGUAGGGCUGAAGUCUUCCUUUAGGUGGAAGCUGCAGCUCCUCCUUUUUGUUAUUGCCAUCUCUGGACCAUCAGUGUCUUUGUGGUCCCCUUUUAUAUUGAAUGCCUUUUAGAUUUAUCUUGUGUCAUUAAAAGUGUAAUAAUAAACAUUUUCUACUUUCAUAUCAAUACCUUUGUCUCCAUGGUUUAUUUUGCCACAAAGUUGGGAACCUGUGCUUAAUUUAAGUAAAUUCCUUCCCAGGGUGGCGUAGUCAGGCAUUGUUCAACUCUUG